UCACAAUAAAUAAAGUCAAGAUGGUCCAAUUUCAUAAUCUUUGCUUGUUCACGCAGCGUUAUCUAAAUCAUAAGAAAGGGGGUAAAAUAAGUAAGAAUUUUCUAGAGGCAAGCCUCCCACAAAAACAGUUUUGGAGCUUACUGGAUUACCCCUAGUGAUUCUAAGACUGAAGAACAAGAUGAGUGCCGGAGAUUCAUGUAUAGGAUAUUUAGCCCUUUGGUUUAUAUUAAGCCCUGUCAUCCUUCAGGGCGCCGGUACGUUCGGUUGGGACUGGCUCUCAGGAAAAUCGUGCAGCACAAUCGAACCCAAACUAGACUGCUGCCGGGUACAAGUAAAUAAUAACAGCUAUCGCAACAGUACUCCAUGCAGUUCUCCAUUCGUCCUCUCAGACCUUGACUUUACUGCGUACAGCCUUCAUUUCGGUGCAUUUUUGAUCAUGCUACUGCCUUUUGUGUGUGCAUGUUUUGAAAUCUGGUCAAAGCAAGAUAAGGAUCGUAAAGCUAAAAGGGAUCGUAAAACUAAAGAUGGUAAAAACAGGGACAUAAAAAACAUCUCUGUUAAAAUUAAAACGGAUGAUAAAACUAAAGUGGACGAUAAACCCGGUUGCUGUGGUGCCUUAGGCGGACUUUGCUUCUUACUUUAUCCGAUUGCAGGUUUGCUGAGUUUCAUCGGAUGCAUGAUGAUUGCAAAGAAAUUCUCUGGCUCCAGCUUUGGGCUUUCUUUUAAAUUUAGUUUAUCUGCUGGCUUAUUUGUGCUCUCAAUAAGCGAAAUUCUAAUAUUAUACUUAUGUUACAAGAGAAGAAACAAAGUGAAGCGUCAAGCUUCCAACGAUGAUCAAAUACAGACAUAUGCUCGUGGCGGUGCGGCCCCAUAUGACACCGGGCCUCCGAGUGGGCUCCAUAUUAAGUCCGCUAGAACAGAAGAAACCCACGUUGUACAUAAAAGCAACGGCUUCGUUUUGUUUAUGAAUAGUAUCAACAUAUUUCAUUUAAUUACACAUGACAAUUGAUAUAUCAGCAAAUUCAAAUUAUUUUAUGUAUGCAUAAACGCAUGAACGUAUUAUGUUUUUAAUGGAGUAUUACUUUUCAUGUUUUCUUCUUUGUUGGUUAAGAUGUGCAGACGGGAAGUUGAAAUGUUUAUGAUUGCUUAUAAAAUGUCUAUUUUUUGUUUACUGAAGGCCUUGUUGAAAAUAAGAUUUUGUGUUACUUUUACACUGUUGUAUAAACAUUCUAUCACACAAUAGGUUGGAUGCAUGCAUGUUGUAUUUACAUUGCGGGUUAUUAUGGCAAAUUGACUCUUAUAUUUUUUUUCUGAUUCAAUUUAUAUAACUGUGAUUUUAUUGUUUUUAAGAUGAUUUUACAAAAGAAUUUGUAUAAACAAAUAAAUGGAUAUAAUCAUAUUGAUAUUUUUAUGCAUGUUAGCAGGCAGAGACUUAAAAAGACAUAUAUGUAACUAAAUAUAUGAACAAAGCUAGUGUUUAUGGUAAAAUUUAAAAAGUAAUAAAAUAAUGUUUUAGAUGAGAUAAAAGGAGUUAAUAAUGAGAUAGUUGCCUUGAAAUCGUGUUAUUUGUAUGAGUAUACUGUACACAAUGCAGCUUGUUCUGUAUUCAUUGAUAUCAAAAUUAUAAAUUAUUGCUCAGUUUUAUAUCUGCUCGUAAAAUUAUUAAAAUAAAAUAUUUAUUAAAAUAUUA